AUGGCGGCUAUAAAUACCUUCCUUAUCCCCCCUUCCCCCUCUUUUCACACCUCCCCUACCCAAAUCCUUCCUCUUCAUCUUCUGGAGUACUUCAAGAAAGAAGCUGUGAAGCGAUUCAAACAAUCGCCAGGGUUUAAUCAUGAAAUGGUUGAAGCUUUCGACAGCAGGUUCGAAAUGUUUCGUGAUUAUGCGACGAUGGGUGAGUAUGGAAUUUUUGUAUUGCCAAUGUAUAGCCCUCUAUUGCCGUGGUAUUGCUACGGUUUCUGUACUCAUCCAUGGCUAUCCUGCAGGCUUAUCCCUGUAAAAUGCCCAAAGAAUGAAUUUGGGCAUCACCUUAAGCAGUUUAAGUCAUGCAAGUUCUAG